GUAACUAUAUCCAGCUGCGCCAGGUUUUUGUAGCCAUCAAAGUAGCAAUACCGAUUCGACUCUUCUUUAUUUCUGUCGGCCAUCUCCUUUUCCCUUUAGUACUAAUAUGUCCACUGUGUUCAGAUAUGUCUAUGGUUGAAAUGAGAAAAGAUGAAGAUUCGUAAUAAGUAUGCAAUUCUCAAUGAGAGGGUUUUUAAGAUUGAUCAUUAACUAAGAGUACAAAGUGCAUUUGUUCUUAAAAAUUUAAUUAGAUUAUAAUUCAACUCUUUACUGUAAAUAUUGUGCAUUUACAAGAAAUGGCGGACGAAACGAUGCCAACGCCAAAAAUUAAACACGAUUGGUAUGAAACGGAAGUUUAUGUUACUGUUAUAAUUUUGGCAAAAAAUGCAGAAAAUCUUAAAGUCACGUAUGACGAUACAGCACUUAGCGUCUCCGCUAAAUUACCAAAUGGAAAUGAUUACAGUUUAGAGCUAGAUUUAGCCCAUCAAAUUGUACCUGAAAAAUGCUCACACAUAGUCACACCAUCAAAAAUAGAAAUAAAAUUAAAGAAAAAAGAAGGAUAUAGAUGGACAGUUUUAGAAGGAAAUCCUGAAAAGCAAGAGAUUCAACCCAUUCCUCAAGAAAUAUUACAGGCUGGAACACAACCACUUAAAUACCCAAGUUCUAGCAAAAAAUCUAAAGAUUGGGAUAAAGUAGAGAAGGAGAUUGAAAAACAAGAUAGUGAAGAAAAAGAAGGUUUAAGUGCAUUAAGCUCUCUUUUUCAACAGAUUUAUGGAAAUGGUUCGGAAGAAGUUCAACGUGCUAUGAAUAAGUCAUUUCAAGAAUCUGGCGGUACAGUAUUAAGUACCAAUUGGGCAGAAGUUGGUAAAGGAAAAGUAGAGAAAAAGCCCCCAGAUGGAUUAGAAUGGAAGUCUUGGUCUGGAUCUGGAUCCAAUUCAUAA